GUUGACAAUAGUUUUGAAACGCCUGCGUACAAAGGUCAAGAGCAGUUGGUUACAGUCAAAGUUUCACUUUCGAUUUCUUGUAAAUGGGUUGUUUUUUUUCGUGUAAAUGAAAUCUUAGACUCUAAUUCGGGAUCCUGGAAAGAAGGUUAAUUUAAUUUCCAUUUUUGGAUUGUUUACGAAUUUACUUUCAAAAUCGACGACUGGGUUACAACUAGCACGUACUUGAGUUAUCAACAGAAGACGGACAGCUUUUUCAAAGAAUAGUUUUUAAGGAGCGCAUGAUGAAUAUGAAUGAAACCAGCAUACAACUUCCAGUUGAUGGUGAAAUUGCACAAACUCUAAGUGAAUCUGUGAUCUUAAGCUAUAUUGUGAGGAGCAAAUUUGGAUGCGAUGCUGUUCUUAAGAAUGUCGAAGCUGUUGGAUCUCACCUUGGAGCAAGAUCUUUCAAACCUGAAAUAAGGUACUCGAAGACACUGGACCAGGGAGUGAAGAUCUCCGUCUGGAAAGAUGAUUUGACCACACACAAGGCUGACGCUGUGGUCAAUGCAGCCAAUGCUGGAUUACAGCAUUAUGGUGGCCUUGCUGCCGCCUUGUCAAUGGCAGGCGGGCCAACAAUACAAGCGAUGAGUGAUGAAGUGAUAAGAAGGAGAGGGAGUGUCUGUACUGGUGAAGCAGUGGUUACUAGCGCAGGGAACCUUCCCUGUAAGAUAAUUAUUCAUGCUGUUGGCCCUCAGUGCAAUCCAUCGCUCAGUAAAAGAGAACUGGAUCAUGCAUCAGCUCUACUCAAAAAAGCUAUAUUUAGUGUGAUGACAGAAGCAGAGAGAGAAGGUAUUAAUUCAGUUGCCAUUCCUGCUUUGAGCUCAGGUUUAUUUGGCUUCCCCCUGCCUGUCUGCGCAGACGUCAUUGUAACUUCAUUAAAACAAUAUAACAUGUAUAGCUCUUCAAAGAAGAGUAGUGUAAAUGAUAUCCGCUUGGUGAAUCACGAUGAUAAAACAGUUGCUGAAAUGGAAAAUGCCUGCAGAACAUGGCUUGGCCCUGCAGAUAACAAAACACCAUCCUACAGCGGCGCUCUAACAGAUCACACACCUACCCAAUCAGCAAGUUCAGUCCGAAUAGGAAAUGUCACCAUACAUAUAAAAAAGGGGAAUAUUGAAGAUGAGAAGGCUGAUGUGGUUGUGAAUACAGUGGCAAUAGAUCUUGAUUUAAGCAAAGGGACGGUUUCUCGUGCAAUUCUGAGAAAAGCUGGGAGCCAGCUUCAGCAUGAAAUUAGAAAAAAAAUAUCACAUACACAGUAUGGUGAUGUGAUAACAACUAAAGGAUUCCAAAUGGGCUGCUGUUUCCUAUAUCACACUGUAUGCCAGUCCUGGACAGAUUACAGGUCAUCAGAGAUACUUUCACGUAUUGUGAUGCGGUCUUUACGUAGGGCUGCUGAAACAGACUCGGUGAAAUCCAUAGCAUUCCCUGCCAUUGGCACUGGGAAUCUGGAAUUUCCUAAAGAUGAAGUGGCAAAAAUCAUGAUGGGACAGGUUUUACGGUUUGCUGAAAACCUGUAUAAGAGCAGGAAACUUGAUGUCUUCUUUGUUCUGUAUCCACCUGAUGAGGACACUGUCAAGGCCUUUGAGAAGGAAUUAAAAGCCAUUAAAGGAAAAGUAAAAAGUACUGAUAGCAAAGAUUUUGACAGCUUGACAGAUGAAAGCAACAUAUUGAAGGAUCACAUGUCCAGCUCACAGAGUACUAAUAAGCAAGGACCAUAUGUUGAAAUUUGGGGGAAAGAUAAGGAAGCAGUAAUGGAAGCAAAGAAAUGGAUUGGAUGCACCCUGUUUUGUUCUCCGAAAUGUCUCACUAUUCAGAACAACCACAUUUAUUACUUUGGCCAGGAGCAGCAUGAUGAGCUGUCUUGUGUUCAAUAUAUUUACAAAGUGUCCAUAAAAGAGAUGGUAAAGGAUGGAAAAGCAAGUUUAGAGAUUACAGGCACACCCCAGAGUGUCAUAAAAACAGUGCUGGCAGUUGAGAAGCUGUGCUGUGAGGUGCAGGAAGAGUAUGCCAUGGCAGAAGAGAAUGAGAUGUUGCAAUUCUUGGUCCAGUGGCGAUGUGCUGACAUGCCUGCACUGACAGAAACAGAGAUCACUGGCAGUAUAGAGAGAGCAUACUUGUCAGUUAAGGCAUCACUAGGCAUUGCCAUUAACGGACAGAUGGUCUCUCUUAAUUUCCGACAGCAAAGGGAGACAGCAGUGACAGACUGUGGAAAAGUUUUUGUAAGGAAAUGCCUGUUGGAUACAGAUUACGCCAAGAUAUACACUAUCCCAAAAGAAUCGUUUUAUCAGAGGAUAGUUGAAGAUUCUUCCAAAAAUCAGCAUAAAGAGAGAGUCCAAUUGUAUAAAAGAACUGGUCUUGAAGUUGUUAAGAUUGAAAGCAUAAACAACCCACUUCUGAGGAUUCAUUUUGAAUUGAAAAAGAAUGCUCUGGGAGGAAAAGCACAGACUCUGUACCACCGGGUCCCAGCACAGUUCUGCAUUCCAGUGUGCAGGGCAGGAUUUCAGAGGGUAUAUUCCCAGCCAGAAAAACAAAGUUUGGGAGCUGGCCUAUAUUUCAGUGAAAAGCUUGACUUGUUGAUGAGAGACCAGAGUAAUGGUUUUGAGAGGGAUGCAAUGAUUUACAUCUUUGAAGCUCAGGUUGUGACUGGGAAAACCGGAGAUGGCUCACAGGACAUGAUUGCACCCCCUGGUCAGAGUAAAGACCAUCUGACACGGUAUGAUAGUGUUUCCGAUGGAACGUCCACACGUGUGAUUUUUAACAGUCGGCAAGCUUAUCCUGAAUAUUUGAUUACUUGCAGACAGUCACCUGCCUCUCCAAGAUGAAGUGUUAAAUGCCUUGCCUGAUUUGAGAUGUUCAUUAUCACAUAGUUGUCCCUUAAUAUGUAACACUUACAGCCUUAUUCAAAUGAUAUUGGUCUUGGUAGAUGUAUGGUCAGAGAAUCACUAUUAUUGAACUAAAGAAAAAAAAUACUGCUUAAUCAUUAGAUGCUUGAGAGAUGUGUUGUGUGAUUAUUUUCUUGUUUUUCUUGGUUUGUUUUGUUUUUCCUUAUGAUUGUGUUAAGUGACAGUUCUUUCAAAUGUAGAAGUUAUUUUGUUAAGGUGGAAGUGAUGUAUUGACGACUAUAUGGUUCAAGAUCACUGUUGGAACCACUUUUAUAAGCAGUUGACAAUAAUAAAAACAGUAGCUUUGUAAGCCUUUCAUACUAUUUAGUGGUGGAAUGUUAUUUUGAAUAUACUUUUAACAAAUAGGGGAAAAUUGUAAAAUGAUAUGCUCUUCAAACAAAAAAAAAUAAAGUAAAAUUACAAUUCA